AUGGCCAUGAAUCGCAUUCCUGGUCACAACAUCUACGUCGGAGGUAUACUAUCUCUGAAGAACAAAGCUGCUCUCGAAAGAGAAAAUAUCACCCAUGUUGUCUCUGUGCUACGUCUUAGUCCCACUGAGGAAUUAUUUUCGAACUUUCAGCAUCACAGAAUAGACGUUGAUGAUGUUGAUUACGAAAAUCUUCUCGAACAUCUCCCGGCUGCGGUCAAAUUCAUUCAAUCUGGGCUGGAUUCCAAUGGGGGCGUCCUUGUGCACUGUGCAAUGGGCAAGUCCCGGUCCGCAGCUGUCUGUAUUGCUUAUUUACUUCGCCAGCAGCACAGUGCGCUUACACCGCAAUCUGCCUUGGAGAUUAUCAAGCAAGGACGGCCACUCUGUGAGCCCAAUGAUGGUUUCAUGCAGCAACUAGAGUUGUACCACGAAAUGGGAUGCCCAGAUGAUGUCACAACCCACCCAGUCUACCAACGGUGGCUAUAUCGUCGCGACGUUGAGGACAGUGUGGCAUGUGGUCGUGCUCCGGAAAUUAAGUCAGUACGCUUUGAAGAUGAACAGCCUAUGCGGCCUCAGUCCGAAGAUAAAGGAGAAGUGGAGAUUAAAUGUCGCAAAUGCCGACGGGGCAUCGCAUCAUCUAAAUACAUUAUCUCUCAUGAGCAGGAAAAACGCAGCAAUGCUCGGGCACAUUCCAACGUUGAUUGCGCACAUAUAUUUUUGCAUCCAAUGAAAUGGAUGAGUUCAAGCCUGUUUCCAGCAGCAGGUGCUGAUGACCCAAACGGACAAUAUUCUGGAGAUGCACCCUUAUCCGGCCGCUUGUCUUGUCCAAACCCCACUUGUGGAGCCAAUAUCGGUAAAUUUGCAUGGCAAGGUAUGCAAUGCAGCUGUAACAGCUGGGUGGUACCUGCUCUGUGUCUGACUAAAGCUCGUGUGGACAUCGCCAAUAAGCCAAAGGCUAGAGGAACAGGAAACCCUCCUCCUGGCGCCCUUGGCAUCCGUCUUCCCCCAGGAAUGCGGCCUGCUGAGCAUAACGACACUGGCUCUGGACGUGGGAACCUGUGA